ACUUUCUUUCUCUCUCAGUGCCAGUGUGUUUCUGAGUGCUGACAAGGUGGCUGGGCCCCUUCAGCCCUGCAGAUGUUCCUGGGGCCUCACCGCUCCUCAUGGACACGAUGGGGCUGCCAGGGACCAGCAAGCACAUCACCUUCCUCCUGCUUUGCCAGCUAGGCGCCUCCGGCCCAGGUGACAGCUGCUGCGCUGAGAAGACAUUGUUCCCAGAGGGAGCCUCAGGCUCGCCCUUAGGACCCAGGAACUUGAGUUGCUACAGGGUUUCCAGGACAGACUAUGAGUGCUCCUGGCAGUAUGAUGGUCCUGAGGAUGAUGUGUCUCAUGUCCUGUGGUGCUGCUUUGUCCCUCCGAACCACACCCACGCCGGCUUCAGCCCGGAGUGCUGCCGCCGCUUCCCCUCAGGCUCGGCCCGCACUGUGCAGUUCUGGGAACAGGACGGUAUCCCUGUGCUGGCCAGGGUCAACUUCUGGGUGGAGUCUCGGCUUGGGAACCGAACCGUGAAGUCCCAGGAGAUAUCCCAGUACCUGUACAACUGGACCAAGACCACCCCUCCCCUGGGACACAUCAGAGUGUCACGAUCACACGGGCAGUUGCGUAUGGACUGGAAUGUGUCUGAAGAAGCUGGUACUGAGGUACAGUUCAGGCGCCGGAUGCCCACAACGAAUUGGACCUUGGGUGACUGCGGACCUCAGGUUAACUCUGGCUCAGGUGUGCUUGGGGACAUUCGUGGAAGCAGGUCUGAGUCCUGCCUCUGCCCUUCUGAGGACAUGGCCCAGGAGAUCCAGAUACGGAGGAGGAGGCAGCUCUCCUCCAGAGCCCCUGGAGGUCCCUGGAGUGAUUGGAGCGUGCCCGUGUGUGUUCCACCUGAAGUCCUUCCCCAGGCCAAGAUUAAGUUCUUGGUGGAGCCCCUGAACCAAGGUGGAAGGAGGCGUCUGACCAUGCAGGGACAGUUGCCACAGCUGGCUGUCCCGGAAGGCUGCCGAGACAGGCCUGGUGCGAAGGUGAAGAAGCACUUGGUGCUGGUGCGCAUGCUGUCCUGCAGGUGCCAGGCUCAGACCUCGAAGACCGUGCCCCUGGGCAAGAAACUGAACCUCUCCGGGGCCGCCUAUGACCUGGAUGUGCUCGUCGAAACUCGUUUCGGUCGCAGCACCAUCCAGAAGUGGCCCCUUCCUGCCCAAGAGCUCGCAGAGACAAGAACCCUGAAUGUGAGCGUGGGAGGCAACAUGACAACUAUGCAGUGGGCAGCCCAGGCUCCCGGCACCACCUACUGCCUUGAGUGGCAGCCAUGGGGCCAGCACAGGAACCACACGCACUGUACCCUGAUUGCACCAGAAGAAGAGGACCCUGCCAAGAUGGUGACACACAGCUGGAGCUCCGAGCCUACCCUGGAGCAGGAGGAAUGUUACCGCAUCACUGUGUUCGCCUCCAAGAACCCCAAGAAUCCCGUGCUGUGGGCCACAGUCCUGUCCAGUUACUACUUUGGCGGUAACGCCUCGAGAGCCGGUACUCCACGCCACGUGUCUGUGAGGAACCAAACCGGGGACUCGGUGUCCGUGGAGUGGACGGCAUCACAGCUGAGCACCUGCCCGGGGGUCCUGAUGCAAUACGUCGUGCGCUGCGAGGCUGAAGACGGCGCGUGGGAGUCAGAGUGGCUCGUGCCACCCACGAAAACCCAAGUGACACUUGACGGGCUGCGCAGCCGCGUGGUGUACAAGGUUCAGGUGCGAGCUGACACUGCAAGGCUCACGGGUGUCUGGAGCCAUCCCCAGCGCUUUAGCUUUGAGGUGCAGAUUUCCCGUUUAUCCAUCAUUCUCGCGUCUCUGGGAAGCUUCGCCAGCGUCCUCCUCAUGGGCAGCCUCGGAUACAUUGGCUUAAACAGGGCCGCCUGGCACUUGUGCCCACCCCUGCCUACACCCUGUGGCAGCACUGCCGUGGAGUUCCCUGGCAGCCAGGGCAAGCAGGCUUGGCAGUGGUGCAACCCUGAGGACUUCCCGGAGGUGUUGAACCCGCGAGACGCGCUGGUGGUGGAGAUGCCCGGAGACGGAGGCGACGGGACAGAGUCGCCCCAGGCCGACCCUGAGCGCGCCCUGGACACAAGGCGGCCCUUGGAGACUCAGAGGCAGGUGCAGGGACUGUCAGAGUCCAGGCGCCUGGGCCUGGUUAGGGAGGACUGGCCCCGUGGUGACCUGGCCCACGUGACACUCCCGCUGCUCCUGGGAGGUGUGACCCAGGGAGCCUCUGUACUUGACGAUCUUUGGAGGACCCCUAAGACUGCGGAGCCGGGACCGCCCACUUUGGGGCAAGAGGCCUGACUGUUGCAUCUCCAGCCCGCUCCCUCCUCAGGAGCCCCUAAACUGCAACAGCUGGUCAUAAUGACUGUCCUGUUUUAUAGAUGUGGUUCUUGAGGCCCAGAGAAGGUGACUGUCUUGCCUGAGGUCACACAGCGUUCGUAGGACGCAGACUCAGGCCUUUCUCCCCGUGCUGUAGCACCCCUCUCUUCUCCCACCCACUCCCUCCAGCGCCUAUAGCCACACCGCCUGUGAGGGGAACACAGGAACCUCCAAGAAGGGGAAAGUGCCUCAUGCAGCCCCGCUUGGUAUCCUCAGGGCAAGGCUGGACCCUAUCACUGGUCUGUUUAUUUGGGGGGGUCGUGGUCUGAGGGGACAUAGUUAGUCACAAGCUCAGUUUGCCUCCAGAGUCCUUGGUUGGGGUCCAAUCCCAGGAGUACUAGACAGAAUGACUCUAGAGCGUCAUUAGGUCACCUAAAAAGCAGGGCCUAGACAUCCACGGGAAGUUUAUACGUCUGGACUCAGUUUCCCUAUUGGAGUAUUGGGCACUUAAUAAAUGGGCCUUCCCAGAGACUGAGAAACUAAA